CCUCUGUCUCGCCUACUUUCCAGCCGGAGCGCGUUGCUUCCGCACGCGCUGGGACAGACUUUUAAACAUGGCGGGCGCGGGCGGGGAGCGGAGGGCCCCGGGGCUGGAGGCUCAGGCCGCGGAGGACCGGCUCUUCCUGGUUAAAGGUGGAAUCUUCCUUGGUACUGUUGCUGCCGCUGGGAUGUUGGCAGGAUUCGUCACAACGCUGUCAUUGGCGAAGAAGAGGAGUCCGGAGUGGUUCAGUAAGGGGAGCAUGGCCACCGCCGCCUUGCCGGAGAGCGGGUCUUCCUUGGCCCUGCGAGCCCUGGGCUGGGGCUCCCUAUACGCCUGGUGUGGGGUCGGUGUCCUCAGCUUCGCCAUCUGCAAGGCCCUCGGCGUCCACAGCAUGAAAGACUUCCGGAGUAAAAUGCAGUCGGUGUUUCCAGGCAUUCCCAAGAACCCCAGGCCAGCUGUUGAGUGGGAGGAGGCGUUGAAAUCCAAGUGAGCCGAGAGUGUGGUGGCUGAAUUCCAGCAGGACCCUGCUGAGAGUGGGACCUCAGACACGUCGCCGCAGCAGGGGCAGUGGGGCUGACGCCUCCUCGGAGCACAAGGGCAUCAUAGACCGCACGCUCACGCUGCUUCCCAUCUAGGCAUCUGUGUGUCAGCAGAGGGCAGAGUCUUCCCACAAUUAGGAUAUCUAUUUAGAAACAGUCAUAUAUAUAAUACAUAUAAUAAUAUAUAUUUAUAUAUAUUAUUACUAUUAUUAUUUUACCAGAGCACUGCUCUGCUCUGGCUUAUGGAGGUGCAGAGGAUUGAACCUGAGACUUCAGAGCUUCAGGCAGGAGAGUCUCUGCAUAACCAUUGUGCUCUCUGUCCACCCACGCCCAACCAUACUUCUGUACCGAGUGCAUCCUGAGGGUGGAUACUUCUGUUUAUGACAACAGUUUAAGCCAAGUUUUAUACCUUAAAGAAAAAAAAAAACUAGACUAGGUGAUGGUCUUUAUAAAGGGACUUGAAGCAGC